GACUAUAAUUCUCAUUUCAGAUAUUUGAAAAUGUCGAGCGUAUCAGUUUUGUGCCCAAACGGGCACAGAAUAAAAGUAUCCACAACCCCAAAUAUGUCAAUUCUUCAGGUUUUGGAAACUGUGUGUGGAAAAAAAGGGUUUGACUCUGCCCGUCAUCGCCUAGAAUACUACAACAAGCCUCUAGAUAAUACCAAUUCUAUCAGAUUUGCCGGUCUCUCUAAUAAUGCAGAGCUAGAGAUGGUAGAAUUAAAGGAAGAAGAGAUAAAGACGAAUAUUGAGAGUAAAGUAACCGUCUGCCUUCAGGUUCCCAGUGGUGAACGGUUAAUCCAAGAGUUCCCCUCAACUUCAAGUCUAGAGGAGGUCAUCUCAACCUGGACCAAUCAGCUCGGAGAUAAAGCAGAGGAUGAGGAGGGUGUGGUGGUGUACAUGAGAAAUGAAGUAGUUGGACCUGCUCUCAGUACAACAACUCUUAGAAGUCUAGGGCUGGCUAGUGGAAAAGGUCUUUUCAGAUUUUUCUACAAGAAACCGGAGGUGUUGAAGGAUCAAGCCAAGGUUUACAGCAUGAAGGUUUCCGAGAAACCUGAAAUUAAACCUGAGGUUCGUCAUUUACCAAUGCGCCUUGAGGCUGCCCGACUCCCACAUGUUGAGGAUAGUGGAGAACUAGAAAAAUCUGACGAACAUCCAACAGAAGCGGAACCUGUUGCCGGCCCUUCCUCCGUGGGUAGUAGUAGUCUAGUCCCCGGGCCCAGUAGAAACCAACCUGUAUCAGAUACAACCAGUGGGUCAAAUAUCAAGGAACCGGUUCCAAUCCCAGAUUUAACACAGGAUAUUAAGAUCCUGUAUCGAGAUCUAAAGCUGGCAGUUAAAAACUCAGACGAGAGAGGAAUGUUGCUGACAAAGAAAAUGCGCGAAGCACAUGAAGAGGGUGUAAAACUGGCUGUGCUUGGAAGGUACAAGACGGGUGUACUGCGUGUACAGUUUCCUGAUAGGCUGGUUGUACAGGGAACCUUUGGACCAUCAUCAACUAUAGAUGAUGUAAUGAAUUGGCUCCGCCCACUUUUAUCCAACCCGGACACACCCUUCGAGCUGUACACUGCUCCACCCAGAACAGUACUUGAGGCAAAAUCAACAAUUCUAGAUCUGAACCUGUACCCUGCUGCCCUGGUCUACUACUCCAGGAUACAGGAGGAGAAGGAGAGCAGGGAACAGGCCUACAUCAAGGAGGAGUUCAUACAAUCCCUCUCUAACAUACAAGGAGCUAACAAGGCUGCAAGUCAGUUCAGAAGAGGUGGGGAAAGAAAACAGACUGGACUUAAAGGAAAUUUGAAAGCAGACGUAAAACCAGAGACUAUUCCAGAAUCAAGACCUGGUAAAAGGAGUGGAGGAGAGACCCCGCCCUGCAGCAGCCAAGGAGGAACAAAACUUCCGAAAUGGUUCAAGACUGGAAAAUAACAAGAUUAGGCAGAAAAUAUACACAUUACCAAAUAAAUACAGUAAAUGGAAUUUUGCGUUAAAUUUUUAGGAACUAAACAAUGUUGGGCAAUGUCCAUGGAUACGCUCGGUGGACAGGAGCGCCGGCCUAAACUUCAUUGAACGACGGAUUCUCAUUUAAUAAUAAUAAUAAUAAUAAUAAUAAACUUUAAGGAAUAACUUCUGGGAAAUAGCUAAAUUUGACAAAAAAAGUGUAAUUUUCGACAUUUGGUAAAAAGGGAAAACUUAAGUUUAAGACAGGGAAAUACAUAACUAUGGUUUGACAAAAAUAGACAAAUUGUCAAAAUAAAAACAAUCAUAACCAGUACAAAACGGAAUACAAGUUGUCUUUUAAUCACGUAGAAUUUUCGAAAUUUGGUAAAUUGGGGAACUUAACUUCAAUACUGGGAAAUAACUAGAUUUGGCAGAAAAAGAAAAAGUUCCAAAAUAAAAGCAGUUUAAGUAAAAUGCGGAACAAACGUCGUCUUUUAUUGGGAAUUUUGCUUUUGUAAUUUGUAAUUCUUUUAACUCUUAAAAUGUGCCUUCAAUAUUUCAGACAUAUGUCAGUCAUAACGUUACAAAAAAAACAAGACUACAUUUCUUAUUAAAAUGGAAAACAAAGACGAGUUUUAUUUCGCUUUAUACGGGUUAGGACUGUAUAAGAAACACCGAGUGAUUAAGUAUUUUUCCACUAAUUUUCCCAGUGUUCUCUAGCAAAAUGAUGUUGGAGGUAUCAAUUUAUGCUGAAAUAUUUCGACGUGUAAUUAAUGAAUAUUGAGAACUAGUAGAACUAGUAAAGGAUAGUUCAACUACUUCUCUAGUCUGACAAAGAGUGUACUAGAGAAGUAGUUACACUAGCCAUACCUAGAUUUCAUACUUCUCAUUUUUGAUAAAUUCCGACCUCAGGGCAUUCGGGGAAUUAUAUUUGGAUUAAUGCCCUCAAGGGAAAGAGCCUAAAAUGUCCAAGUAUAUUCUCGUGAUAAAACAAAUAUUUGUGAUUUAUAAUUUAAUUGUAUGAUGUCAGG